AUGGAAAAUUUGGGUGACGACGACGAUCUGCGAAGGCUCCUAGAGGAGUCCUUGAAGCGUCCACGAUCGCAAGGCCGCGCCUGCACCCGCUGCAGACGCCAGAAGCUCCGCUGCGACCGCCUCAGGCCCUGCCUCAGCUGCAUCACGCGAGGCUGCCAGGAUGAAUGUGAUGCCGAGAUGGGAGCGACGUCAUGCCUGUCGUGCAAGGUGUCGAAGACGAGGUGCGACAAGAGCCGGCCUUGCUCUACCUGCAUUGCUCGGGGCAAAGUCGAAGAAUGUCGCAACGAACCGACAAACAAGACUUCAGCUGAUAACAAGGAAAGCAGGAUGGAAAAUGAGAUAACGAAAUUGCGAGGAUUGCAGAACCAAAGGAUUCAAAACCUCCAAGACGAUGUAACUUCACCAUGGACUCCACUCUCUCCCGAGUCAACUGGAAUACUUGAUGCACUCCUGCCGCUCGUCGUCGCCUCGUCGCGGGCGGGGUACAGCGAGCCGGCGGUCCUGCGGCUGAUCAACGCCAUGGGCCCUGACCUCCGCGGGGUGCUGGGCUCCUUGGCUGAGACGGUCGGGGAGCUCAACGCGGCCCGGGCCCGGGCUGGAGAGGGUCUGCGCGGGAGGGACGCAAGCAGGACCAGCGAGCCCCCGGCAGCAGAAGCGUCGUCACGGGGCUGGGCAUCGUGGAGGGUGCACUGGGGACCGGGGGAGGCCCAGCGGGGGAGGACGGAGGUGACGAGGGGGCUGGAGGGGCUAUGGGAGGUGGCAGGGGCAGGCGAGGAGCAAGCGGGAGAGAGGCAUGGCGAGGAGGGGCUGGUCGAGCGGGAGCUGCCGACGUCAGACGUGGAGUACGUGUGCAUGCUGGUGGACGAGCUGCUGUCGUCCGGGGAGGCGCGGGCGGUGAGCUACCACCGUCUGUGCGGGAGGUCAGCGGGGGGUCUGCUGGAGGACAGCAUGCUGGUGCGGUCGACGGUAGAGAGGGAGGAGGACGAGACGGGGCGUGUGGUGAGCAGCCUGCACACGGUGGAGGCGGUGGAGACGGAGGAGUGGGAGAGGAUCCAGGGGAGCGCCGAGACCAGGUCGACAUACAUGCAGCUACGGAGAUACCUCGGGGAGGAGCCGACGGGGGAGGAUGUAGUACGAACGCACCGGACGGACAUGCUUUUCGGGGAGGACUUUGGGAGCAUGUCGGAGACGCGGGAGGGGCGGGAGAGGAUGGAGAGGAUGAGGAGCUUCUUCGAGGAGCAACUUUCAGCGCUCAAAAUUACUACACCAAACUUGUAA